AUGUGGGCCGAUUACUGGAAAUCUCAGCCAAAAAAAUUCUGCGAUUACUGCAAGUGCUGGAUAGCAGACAACAGACCUAGCAUUGAUUUUCAUGAAAGAGGAAAGAAUCAUAAAGAAAAUGUGGCAAAAAGAAUUAGUGAGAUUAAAAAGAAAAGCUUGGAAAAAGCAAAAGAAGAAGAAAACAUGUCAAAAGAAUUUGCAGCAAUGGAGGAAGCAGCAAUGAAAGCAUAUCAAGAAGAUUUGAAAAGGCUUGGAAUUAAGCCAGAUGACGUAGGUACCAGUUCGACACAGAAUAAAACACAGACUAACACAGUGGAAACUAAAGGAAAGAAAGAAAAGAAAGAGAAGAAGGAAAAGAAAGAGAAGAAAAAAAAGACAUCUCAGGACGCCUCAGUGACAUCAAAAACGAAGGAGUGGGUGCAAGGAUUUUCUCCUGAAGGCUAUACAUAUUACUACAACACAAAAACAGGAGAAUCACAGUGGGAGAAGCCUAAAGGAUUCCAAGGCAACUCUCAGAACUCACGAACGGCAGGCGAGUGGGUAGAAGGUGUCACUGAAGAUGGUCAUACUUAUUACUAUAACACACAAACAGGAGUAUCCACAUGGGAGAAACCAGUUGGUUUUGAGAAGAGUCAACGUGAUAAGCAUUCUGAAGAGCUGGCAGAAACAGAUUCCAAAGACUCUGAAUCAGACUUGGAAGACAGUGAAAAUGAAGCAGACAGUUCAGAAACAAAUAUCAAGAGGAAAGGAGAUAAAAGUGAAGAAUCAGAGGAAGGGAAAAAAUCUCCCAGAGCUAAAAAGUUAAGUCCUUACGGGAAAUGGCGACCAGUUAACUCAGAAGUAAGUGUUGAUAAAGAGGAGAGUACUUCAGCUUCCCAAGAAGCCUCCAGUGAUUCACCUAACAAGACCAACCCUUACGGAAAAUGGAAAGCACUUAAGGAGGAAGGAGAAGGAGAAGAAGAAGCAGAAGCAUGUGAAAAAGUGGACCUGGAGCUUCCUAGUACAGAGAAUGAGAGUCUACCACCUCCAGUGGUAGAGAUUCCAGAAGAUGAUACAGUGAUAUUUAAAGAGAAGACAGUCACCUCCCUUGGAGACCUGACCGAAGGGGUGCCAACAUUUAAAAAGAGGAAAUUUGAAAAUGGAAAAUCUAGAAACUUAAGACAAAGACUAAGUGAUCAGUAA